AUGGAGAAUAAAGGGAGCGAUGAGGUGGAAAAAUUGAAGACAAAGUUCUUGUCAGCGUGGCAUAAUGUGAAGUACAGCUGGGCUCUAAAAUCAAAGACCUCUUUCAGCAGAAAUUCCCCAGUGCUUCUCCUCGGAAAAUAUUACCAUUUUAAGGCUGAAGAUAUUGACAGUCCUACAGAAUCCUGCGAUGACGCCUCUGACGAGGACUUCAUCAUGGGGAAUGUGGAAGCUUUCCGCAAGGAUUUUGCAUCCAGAGUGUGGCUCACCUACAGGGAGGAGUUCCCUCCACUGCCCGGCUCCACCCUGACCUCCGACUGUGGCUGGGGCUGCAUGUUGAGAGCCGGGCAGAUGAUGCUGGCUCAGGCACUUAUUCUGCACUUCUUGGGCAGAGACUGGACCUGGUCAAAGGCACUGACGCUCCAGCCUUUGGACACAGAGACGUGGACAACAUCUGCAGCCAAGCGUCUGGUGGCCUCUCUGGAGGCUUCUCUGCAAGGUUCCCCCAGGCCCUCGAAUCAUGGAUCACCACCCAUGUACCAAGCCCAGGGCCAGGGAUCUGCAGAGGAGGCAGAUGCACAUUGGAAAGAGAUGUACCACCGUACUCUGGUAUCCUGGUUUGGGGACAGUCCUUCGGCUCAGUUAGGCCUCCACAGGCUGGUACGCUUGGGCCUGGCAAUGGGGAAACAGGCAGGGGACUGGUAUGGGCCUGCUGUGGUAGCACACAUCUUCAAGAAAGCUGUCGAGGAAGCGAUGGACCCUGGCUUGGCGGGUAUAACUGCGUAUGUCUCCCAGGACUGCACAGUGUACAGUGCUGAUGUCAUCGAUAGCCAUAGGGCACCAAGAGCAGGGCAGGCCUCUGGUGAGAGGUCAAAUGCCCCUCCUUCCCUACAGAAUGACCAACCAGUGUCAGCCUCCACCCCGUCAGAUAGCCAAGCUGUCAUCAUCCUCAUCCCUGUGCGCCUGGGAGGGGAGAAGACAAACCCUGAGUAUUUUAACUUUGCAAAGAGCAUAUUGAGUCUGGAGUACUGCAUAGGCAUCAUCGGAGGGAAACCCAAACAGGCCUGCUACUUUGUAGGAUUUCAAGAUGACAGCUUGAUUUACAUGGACCCUCAUUACUGUCAGUCUUUUGUGGAUGUCAGCACAAGCGAUUUCCCUCUCCAGUCAUAUCAUUGCCCCUCACCAAAGAAGAUGCCUUUCAGCAAGAUGGACCCAAGCUGCACCAUAGGUUUCUACUCUAGAAGUGUUGAAGACUAUGAGAGAAUCAGACAAGAGCUGUCUAAGGUGCUGCAGCCAUCGGCGAAGGAGAAAUACCCCGCGUUCACUUUUGUGCAAGGUCAUGGCAGAGAUUACGACCUGUCGGCCAGCCUGACCCCAGAGAAGAGAGAAUGGCCCUUCAUCCGUGACCCGCGGAGGACGGUCACCACUGCUGGCGACUUUGUGCUGCUUUGACAGAGCUGUUUAAAAGACUACUGAAGGGGAACUUCUUCUUUUAAUGAAUGAAACUUCUUGAUACCCAAAGCCUUGUGUCUGAGCCUGUUGUGACACUGAAGGUUGUGUAACUUUUUUUAACUCUAGUAAUUCAGUUUGUGCGUCCUGGAAACUUCACUGUUGCAGAGCAAUUCUUGCCAAAGCUAUUACUAACUGGUAUUUGUUGCCUGGCAAUGUAAGCUUGCUGAACAUUUUGUCAGUAAGCCUUGGGACAUUGUUUUGGUGCUCUCCUUAAUUUAGUGACAUUUUUAGAUACUCAUCUAGAGAAGAGGAAUAUCUAGGGGAACACUUCAUUUUACACCGUUAUUUGUAAUUUUAUGGACUUAAGACAAACUGUUGAUAGCGCCUAUAUCAACACAUCAGAUUUUUGGAGAUUUCAAGGCUAACAGUGUCAUAAAACAGUAACAGUAACUAUGACUUAAAUCAAUGUUGGCCCACUUGAAAAUCUUUUCACAGGGCUACACCUACAGUAUUUAGUGUUUUCUGAAGUCUGUUUUGUAUUAGGCUAUGAGUAGUAUUGUAAAAGCAUUAAUUAAUAUAAGCUAAGGGCUCUCUGAAGAUCAUUUCCAAACUUCUCUGCCAAAAACAUUUAAUCAAACAAGAUUAAUUCUUCACCCAUCUGAAACACCUCAACAACAGAAGCAACAGAGACACAUGCUUUAAAAACACAUGUUGUGUGAUGAUAUGACUAUAUGCUUGCAAUAAUGUGUUUCUGAGUGGUAUUAAUUUUGACUGGGUUAUGCAUCAAAGUGCAAGUGACCAGUUGUGACAGGAGAUUGUCAAAGGGAUAACAUCAGCUAUAUCUCACUACGCGCUGUAUGUUAUACAUUAUUACUCAAUUUACAAUAGUAUUCUUUAGAUGUAAAAGUGUAUACUACAUAUGUCUAACAAACAUUUAGAGUCUUAAGUUAGAUUCAGGGAAUUGAUAUAUUUAGUAUAAAAUAGUUGAAUUUAUUUGAAGUAGCAAACUACACAACCAUAAAGAAAUCAGAGGGAUAUUAUUUCAAAGCAUUCUUUCAUACAAAAUGGAUUUUCUUUAACAUUUUACAUUUCAUGUUAUGUUUCUUACUAUAUUUCCUACUUUUGAAUUUUUCUCCAGUAGUGAGUGACUAAAUGAUUUAUUGGCAUUCUUGAGAUUCACUUUUAUAGUUACUACACCUUAAACUAAAAGUGAACACGUAUGCUAGAACACAUUUUAGGCUACUGAACUUGAUAACGCACUUUGAAAUUCAAAACACUGAAUUAUUCUGAAUUUUUUGUAUGUGCUUUCCUGCAUUACAACACUUGCAUGGCUGUUUGCAUAAAUUAACUUAUAGUGUAUCUGAAAAAUAUUUUUAACACUGCCAGAAAAAAAGGAAUAAAGUCCAAAUAUUUGA